UUGGUACACCUCGGAGAUUGGAAAGUCUGUUAUUGGAGGCGAAAGAACGGUGAAGUGAAGCUCAGGUGUCUUCAUUUCCGCACUCGUUCCACUUUGACCCCUCCUUGAUGGACUACAUGGACAGCGGCCUGAGGUACACACCAACCCAGAACAAAGACUGGGACACCGCUGUUCAGUUCCUGCCGGCAUCCGACAACAAGAAACUCGAGAAGAAGAAGGGUCCCAGCAAGGUCGGCGCAGUGAUCGGAGUGCUGAUCUUCGCCGCCGUGGUGGCGUUGAUGACCGGCCUGCUGGUCUGGCAUUUCCACUUCCGUAAAGAUGUGCGGGUCAAGAAGAUGUAUAGCGGUUCCAUGCGCAUCACCAACCAGGUCUUUGAGGACGCCUACGAGAACGCCAACAGCUCCGAGUUCAAGGCACUGGCCAAGCAGGUCAAGUCGCAGCUGAAAACUGUCUACAGCAGAAGUCCUCAGUUGUCCAAAUACUAUGUUGGAUCUUCAGUUCAGGCUUUCAGUGAGGGCAGCGUCAUCGCCUACUACAUCUCAGAGUUCAGCGUUCCCAAAGGCCAGGAGGCGGCGGUGGACAGUGCCAUGUCCUCCAUGGACAAACUGGUGGACAAGGAGCAGCGCAACGUCUACAGACCUGGGAACUCCCUGCUCGUAGAAGACGUGGUGUCCUCGGAACUUGAUUCCAGAUUGUUCUCCACGGAAUUCAGCAGGUUCUUCAGGUUCUCCGAGCACACCAGGAGCAACCACAUCGGUCAGAUCAGGUCUCCCGGCUUCCCCGACAGCCCCUACCCGCCCAACACCUUCAUCCAGUGGCAGCUGCGGGCCGACCCCAACUACGUCAUCAAGCUGGACUUUGACACCUUGAACCUGGAGGAGAACUGCGGCAACGACUUUGUGAAGAUCUACAACUCCCUGGUGGCCAUCGAGGCCAGCGUCCUGCAAGAGAUGUGCGGCUACUACUCGCCCAGCGAGCCCCUCACCUUCCUGUCCUCAAGCAACGUCAUGCUGGUCACCAUGGCAACCAACGACUGGAAGAACUACCCGGGUUUCAGGGCGCAGGUGUCGCAGGUGCGGCGCGGCAGCGCAGGCACGACGUGCGGCGGCCAGCUGACGGGCGACAAAGGCAGCUUCAGUUCCCCCAACUUCCCAAACUACUACCCGCCUCGGACCUCAUGCCAGUGGUCCAUACAGGUUCCCCCCGGGAAGUCUGUGAAAGUCACCUUCAUAAAGUUCCUCCUGUCUGAACCGGGCCAGGACGGCAGCAAGCCGUGCCGCAAAGACUACGUGGAGCUCAAUGGGAAGAAGUUUUGCGGCGAACAGCUGGACGGUUCGGUCACGCAGACCAGCAGUGGCAACAAAAUGAAUGUUGUGUUUUUCUCUGACGGUUCCUACGUGGACCGAGGCUUCACUGCCGUGUUCGAGGCCGUGGACAUCGCAGACCCCUGUCCCAAGCAGUUCCAGUGCACGAACCAGCGCUGUGUGAAGUCGGAGCUCAAGUGUGACGGCUGGAACGACUGCGGCGACAUGAGUGACGAACUGAACUGCAAGUGCAGCUCGGACCACAUCAGCUGCAAGAACGGCCUGUGCAAGCCCAUGUUCUGGAAGUGUGACGGUGUCGAUGAUUGCGGCGACGGCACGGAUGAGCAGAACUGCGGUCGCUGUUCUUCCGGCCAGCUCACCUGUAAGAACAGCAAAUGCGUCUCAGAGAAGUGUCGCUGUGACGGACGGGACGACUGCGGCGAUGGAUCUGACGAGCUCGACUGCGCGCGAGGUCCCUCCACCGUGAGGUGCACUGACUUGACAUACAAAUGCAAGAACAACAAAUGCAUUAGCAAGGUCAACCCGGAAUGCGACGGCACCCAAGACUGCGAGGACGGCUCUGACGAGGAGAACUGCGACUGCGGGAGGAGCAAAUUUAAAGCGACGCGCAUCGUUGGCGGUCAGGACGCAGAGCCCGGCGAGUUCCCGUGGCAGGUCAGCCUCCACGUGAAGAGCUACGGCCACGUGUGCGGAGCGUCCCUCAUCAGUAGUCGUUGGCUGGUCACCGCCGCUCACUGUGUGCAAGAUGACGGCAAGACGAGGUUUUCCCAGCCCGGCACAUGGGAGGCGUACAUGGGUCUCCACCAGCAGCGCAACAUGGGGAACACAGUGGUGAAGAGGAACAUCAAGAGGGUGAUCCCACACCCAAACUACAACGACUUCACCUUUGACAACGACAUCGCCCUGAUGGAGCUGGACAGCCCACUCGAAUACAGCGGCCACAUCCAGCCCAUCUGCUUGCCGUCCGCACAACACGACUUUCCGGUCGGGAGCACCGUUUGGAUCACGGGGUGGGGCGCCACUCGGGAGGGGGGCUUUGCCGCCACGGUGCUGCAGAAAGCGCAGGUUCGCAUCAUCAACUACAGCGUGUGUGACGGUCUGAUGGGGGGGCAGCUCACCAGCAGGAUGAUGUGUGCUGGCGUGCUGAGCGGAGGAGUCGACGCCUGUCAGGGGGACUCCGGCGGGCCGCUCUCCAUUCCCUCAGGUAACCGCAUGUUCCUUGGCGGCGUGGUCAGCUGGGGCGACGGCUGUGCCCGCAGGAACAAACCCGGCAUCUACACGACGGUCACCAAAUUCCGCGGAUGGAUCAAACAGAAUACGGGAGUGUAGAACAAAGGGCCUCCCCCGGCCGUGGGACAUGGACUAAGACAGGGACCGCAGUGAGGAUGGUGGACUCUCCAGCCUCCACAUACGCUGAAUCCUUCACAGGAAGCAGCAAUGUCUCCACUGUGAUUUUAUUCUAGUCGGCUUGAUGAAUUGUAAAUAUGUUUUAUUUUCUGUAUGUGUUGCUGAUUUCUUUUUUUUUUUUUUAGCAUAUUUGGAUCAGGAACACACACAACAGAUUUGAAGUGGACUAUCGAUGUUCUUUUCCAUGUCACCUCUUCUAUAGUAAAAAAAAAAAGCAACCUUUAAUCUCAAUCCACCCUACCUCCUAUGGCGCCAUACACCUUUAACUGUGACUCUUCGGUCAACUGAGGUCUCUGAAUGCAUCGUUUGCUUUUAAAUACUGAACAACAACAGCAAUGUCAUCAGUACAAAGAAGGCUUUGUAAGAAUUGUUUUUAACUCAAUAGUCGUGUAUAUAUAUAUAUGUCGAUUUUAUUUUGACUCGAGGCGUUGAGGAGGGUAUUUUAAUGUUUUGAACUCAACACAUAUAGUACUGGAAUAUGUCCAUUUUAUUCUGUUUCAAGUUGUUUUUUAGCAGAUGUUUUAAAUAAACUAUUUCUAAUAUAA